AUGACCCCUGAAAACCGUGAAAUCGUGGAAUUGACCCUCAGAAACGCCAAGGCAGAAAGGCUCCUCAUUACCAACGAAUCCGACUCGGCCAUUAAGGCCGUAUACCAGGCGAACCGAGAGACCAGGGCAAGAGGGGCGCCAGGUUACCGACCCGAGCAGGGAAAAUUGGGGGCCAAGGAUCCCUUCGCAGAAGCGAUUUGGUCUGACGACCGAAGGAGGAAGUCGGGACCUCUGACCCCCCCUAAGACCAUAGCGGCCACAGACGAUAACCCUGGGACUGCAAGGCCUAUGGCCGAGGGCCCCGGUGACCUUCUCUUUGGUCACGAGGCCGAGGAUGACCCCGCGUUGGGAAUCUCUGACGACGACUACGAUGGGAUCCUCGGAAUAAUUGAGGAAAAAACCCUCGCCAGUGGCGGCCGCGAGGUCAACAAAGAGGCUGGUAGGGGAAACCAGUGGAAGCCAAAGGAGGUCAGCAUGAACAUGGUUUUGGUACUACCGUCUGAGUUUUCGGCCCCAAGAGGCCAGACCAAUGGCCUGGAUAAUAACGUGGCCGAGGAACAGCUUGAUCAAAGACCAAAGACAAAGGAAGAAUUGUUGGCCGUGGCUUUUAACGAGGUAAUACCCAAAGACGAGCCAAACAAAUACCGACACCUCAAACCGUUAUACAUCUCGGCUCAUGUGGAGGGUGUGCUCGUGUCCAAGGUCUUCGUUGACUGUGGGGCGACGAUCCGGCAAUUGACUCCUUUGCUCAAACUGAAAGACACGGAACGGUUCGUGUGGGGGGCUGAACAUCAAGCGGCCCUCGACGACAUCAAGCAAUAUUUAUCUCAACCGCCGGUCCUUAUGCUGCCGAAAAGAGGGAAACCCUUGAGGCUUUACAUUUCAGCUUCAGAAGGCUCUAUCGGUUGUCUGCUGGCCCAGAAUAACAAAUCUGAGCGAGAGCAAGCGGUGCAUUAUCUGAGCCGCACCCUCAACAUGGCCGAGCUAAACUAUUCACCAAUCGAGAAAUUAUGCUUGGCAUUUUAUUUCACAGCCACUAAGUUGCGCCAUUAUAUGCCUCAUUCGGUCGUUCAGAUCAUCUCCAAGACCGACCUCAUCAAAUACAUGCUUACUUGGCCGAUCAUACGCGGUCGGAUCGGGAAGUGGACGAUGGCGUUGUCCGAAUUCACCUUCCAAUAUGUGGCCCAGAAGUAG